GCUGAUACAUAGUUAAUGAUUAAUUUAGAGCGGCAAAACCUGGCUUUAAAAGGAGACCUCUCCCUGUAGAACGUCACAUCCAAAAACCAUGAGGGUGAUUUUGCUGGCCCUCACGGUAGCCCUUGCGGCGUGUCACCAAACCUAUUUGGCUCCCCAGUUUGCUGAUGGAAAGACCUAUGUCUACAAAUAUGAGGCAUUUGUUAUGGGCGGCCUACCCGAGGAGGGUCUGGCACGGAGCGGAGUGAAACUACUCAGCAAAGUUUGGAUCAGUGCAGAGGCGGAAAACAGCUACACGCUGAAGCUUGAGGAGCCUGAAAUCUUGGAGUACAGUGGCCUCUGGCCCAAAGAUGAUUUCUCCCCAGCUACCAAGAUAACUUCUGCCCUGGCUGCUCAGCUCACGACACCCAUCAAGUUUGAAUAUUCCAACGGUGUUGUCGGAAAAGUAUUCGCUCCAGCUGGUGUCUCUGAAACUGUGCUGAAUAUCUACAGAGGAGUCCUUAACAUCUUCCAGCUGAACAUCAAGAAGACUCAAAAUGUCUAUGAGCUGCAAGAGCCUGGAACACAAGGUGUGUGCAAGACCCACUAUCUCCUCAGUGAGGACGCAAAGGAUGAGCUUAUCCUGUUGACCAAGUCUAAGGACCUGAACAAAUGCCAGAAGAGAAUCAUGAAGGACAUCGGUUUGACUUACACGGAAAGAUGUGUUCAGUGUGAGGCUAGAGGAAACAACCUGAAGGCAGCCGCUGCUUCUAACUACGUCAUCAAGGAAACAGCCACCGGUGCUCUGCUCUUGAAUGCAUCGGGUAUUGAGAUCAUCCAGUUUUCCCCUCUCAACAUCAUGAACGGUGCUGCUCAGAUGGAGGCUAGGCAAAACCUGACCUUCCUGGAGAUUAAGGAAACCCGAUCGGCCCCUUACAGUGCUGAAUAUGUUCACCGUGGAUCAGUACAGUACGAGUUCGGCAACGAGCUUCUUCAGACACCCAUCCAGCUGCUGAGGAUCAGCAAUGUUGAGGCUCAGGUACUUUAUAAAAUGAUCGCCCAGAUUUUCUUUUUAAUUCAUCUUGAAGAGACAAACUCUAGGCUAAGAAACAUUUUAUCCUGGCAGGUUGUUGAGAUCCUGAACCACCUGGUGACCUUCAAUGUGGAUAAGGUCCACGAAGAUGCCCCUCUGAAGUUCCUUGAGCUCAUCCAGCUCCUGCGUGUGGCGAGACUUGAGAGUAUCGAGGCCAUCUGGAAUCAGUUCAAAGCUAAAGCCGAUCACAGGCACUGGAUCCUGAAUGUUAUCCCAGCCAUUGGUACUUCUGCUGCUCUGAGGUUCAUAAAGGAGAAGUUCCUCGCUGGCGAGUUGACCGUUGCAGAAUCUACUCACGCACUGAUAUCAUCUAUUCACAUGGUGACAGCUGACCUCGAGGCCAUCACGCUGAUACAGAGCAUGUUUUCUGAAAAAAAGAUCCAAGAAAACCCAAUUCUGCGUGAGGUUGUCAUGCUGGGAUACGGCACCCUGGUUUCUAAAUACUGUGUAGAGAACCCAGCAUGCCCCGCUGAGCUUGUGAGGCCCAUCCACGAACUGGCUGUCCAGGCUAACAAGAACGACAUUGAGGGACUCAUUAUGGCUCUGAAAGUACUGGGAAAUGCUGGACAUCCUUCCAGCCUGAAGCCAAUCACAAAGUUCCUGCCUGGCAUUGGAAGUGCUGCUGCUGAUCUGCCACUCAGAGCUCACAUUGAGGCUGUUCAGGCCAUGAGGAACAUUGCUAAGAGGGAGCCCAAGAUGAUCCAGGAUAUGGCUCUUCAGCUGUUCAUGGACAAGGCUCUCCACUCAGAAGUCCGUAUGGCUGCUGCUAUUGUGUUGUUUGAGACCAAGCUGCCCAUGGGACUGGUGAUUACUCUUGCCAAUAACCUCUUGACUGAGAAAAGCCUGCAGGUUUCUAGCUUUGUCUACUCUUACAUGAAGUCCAUGACCAGAAACACUUCACCUGACUUGGCCUCUGUUGCUUCUGCCUGCAAUGUUGCUCUGAGGAUCCUCAGUCCCAAGUUCGACAGACUCAGCUAUCGCUUCAGCAGAUCUCUCUAUGUUGAUACCUACAACGACCCCUGGAUGAUGGGAGCUGCUGCCAGCGCCUUCUAUAUUAACGAUGCUGCAACUGUUUUGCCAAGAUCCAUUGUGGCCAAAGCUCGUACCUACCUGGCAGGAGCUUAUGCCGAUGUUGUUGAGCUUGGAGUAAGAACCGAGGGAAUGCAGGAGGCCUUGCUGAAAAUCAAAGAGGUUCCUGAGAAUGCUGACAGGAUGACCAAGAUGAGACAAGUGAUGAAAGCUCUUUCUGAGUGGAGGGCUACUCCUUCCAGCCAGCCCCUGGCCUCCGUUUACGUGAAGGUCUUCGGACAGGAAGUUGCCUUCGCCAAUGUUGACAAAGACGUUUUCAAUCAGCUUAUUCAGCUUGCCAGUGGACCAGCAAUGAAAAGCUAUGGCAGAGAGUCUUUGGAUGCUCUGCUGGCGGGUGUCACAUUGCACUACGCUAAACCGCUGCUGUUGUCUGAAGUCCGUCGCAUCAUUCCCACCAGCGUUGGUCUGCCCAUGGAGCUCAGUUUAUAUACUACUGCUGUGGCUGCUGCAUCUGCUGAAUUCAAAGCAACCGUGUCACCCUCACUGCCUGCUGACUAUCAAGUUGCCCAGCUCCUGAAGUCUGACAUAAGCAUGAGGACUACCAUUAGCCCCAGUGUUUCCACACAUGUGUAUGCAGUUAUGGGAGUGAACACUGCUUUCCUCCAGGCUGUUCUGAUGUCAAGAGCCAAAGUUCACACACUUCUUCCUGCAAAAUUAGAAGCAAGACUCGACAUGAUUAAGGGCAACUUCAAGCUUCAGCUCCUUCCUCUUAAGGGUGUCAGUAAAAUUGCAUCCGCACGUGUUGAGACUUUUGCCAUUGCAAGAAAUGUGGAAGACCUCGCUGCUGCCAAAAUCACACCAAUGGUUCCAUCUGCAGUUGAAGUGUCAAGGGGGACCUUUUCCUCAAAGAUGUCAAGGGUGGCUUCCUCUGUGGCUAGUAGCAUCUCAGCAUCAUCUGAAAUCCUUGGGGGUAACGCUCAAAGCACACUGAGGUCCAGGGCCAUCCAGAAGAGAAUGUGUGCUGAAAGCCUUACCUUCGGUAUCAAGGCGUGCUCUGAGCUUCAAUCUCGCAACGCCACCUUCAUCAAAGACUGCCCCCUCUACAGCAUGAUUGGAGAACACAGCUUCUUGGUUGAGAUUUCACCAGCUGCCGGACCAGCCGUCGAGAGGAUUGAAAUUGAGAUUCAGGUUGGAGAACAAGCAGCAGAGAAGAUCAUCAAAGUGAUUAACAUGAGUGAGGAAGACGAUCUUCUGGGGGACAAGAACAUCCUGAUGAAACUCAAGAAAAUCCUGGCACCUGGUCAUAAGAACAGAACAUCAUCUUCUUCCAGCUCCAGCAGCGCUAAAACUUCCAGCUCUCGCUCAAGCAAAUCCUCCUCUGCGUCAUCCAAGUCUUCCUCCAGCUCCUCUUCUAGCCGCAGGAGCAAGGUGUCCUCUUCCAGCAGCAGUUCUUCAAGCAGACGUCCAUCUCUGUCUUCCAGAGGCAGUUCUUCCAACUCCAGCUCCUCUUCUAGCCGCAGGAGCAAGGUGUCCUCUUCCAGCAGGAGUUCUUCCAACUCCUCCAGUUCCUCCAGCUCCUCCAGCUCCUCCAGCUCCUCCAGCUCCAGGAUCACCUACAGGACCAAGCAACAACUAAACGCAAUGAACUUCACCAAGGACCACAUCCACCAGCAUGCCGAUUCCAGGGAACGUGCCAACGGAAAAAGCAGUGCUCACAGCUUUGAGAACAUUUACAAUAAGGCCAAGUACCUUUCUUAUACCGUCAAUCCUGCUGUGACCAUUCUCAUACGUGCUGUGAGAGCUGACGACCAGGUUCAGGGAUACCAGGUCGCAGCUUAUGUUGACAGAGCUAAUGAGAGACUGCAGAUCGUCUUCGCUAGCCUGGAACAGAAUAACCACUGGAGAAUCUGUGCCGAUGGUGUGAAGCUGAGCGACCACAAAAUAAUGGCUAAACUUGCCUGGGGCCUUCAGUGCAAAGAAUAUUCAACUGAGGUCACAGCUGAGACUGGCCGUAUCGGAGAAGACGCUGCAGUCCGCAUGAAGAUUACCUGGGAAAAACUUCCAGAGAGUAUGAAGCGCUUCGCAAAAAGAUGCUCUGACUUCCUUUCCCGCUACACAACGAGAUUUGGAAUAACCCAGGCGAAGGUCCAAAAUGUUCGCAAUGAGAUCAAACUGUCUGUGGCUGCUGCUUCUGAGAAGACCCUCAAUGUUGUUCUGAAGACACCAAAGAGGACAUUUUACAAACUUGGAAUUACUAUCCCUAUUUCUCUACCAAUCGGUGACGCUGCCGCUGAGUUGAAACCAUACGAGGACAACUUGGCCGCCAAGUUCAUCUACAUGAUCACCAAGGCUAAUGCAGCUGAGUGUUCCAUGGUCAAAGAUACGCUGACCACAUUCGACAAGAGGGAACACAGGAUCGAGAUGCCCCACUCUUGCUUCCAGGUCAUGGCGCAGGAUUGCACCGAAGAACUCAAAUUCAUUGUUCUGCUGAAGAGGGAUCAGUCAAAGAAAGAGAACUGGAUCUAUGUCAAGAUCGACAACGUUGAAGUGGAACUGUACCCCAAGGACGGUGCUAUUAAGGCCAAGGUUAACGGUGUAGAACUCAGCAAACUGCCUUAUGAUCAACCCGAAGGAAAAUUCAAUAUCAAAAAGAGCUCUGAGGGCAUCUCUGUCUUUGCUCCCCGUUUUGGUCUCCAGGAGGUCUACUUUGAUCUGGCAUCAGUGAAGGUUCAAAUUGUGGACUGGAUGAGAAGUAAGACUUGUGGACUCUGUGGAACGGCUGACGGCGAAAUCAGAAAGGAGUUCGAGACACCCAACAAACGCCAGACCGAGAACGCAGUCAGCUUUGCUCAUAGCUGGGUUCUGCCUGGAAAAAGCUGCCGUGACGCCUCUGAGUGUUACAUGAAUCUUGAAUCUGUGAAGCUUGAGAAGCAGGUGGUCAUCCAUGGCCAACAGUCCAAAUGCUACUCUGUUGAGCCUGUGCUGCGCUGCUUGCCCGGCUGCGUGGCAGUGAGGACAACCACCGUCAAUGUUGCCUACCACUGCGUGCCCGCUGCAUCUAACCUGAACCGCUCUGAGGGUCUAAGCAGUAUCUUCGAGAAGAGCGCCGACAUUAGAGAAACAGCCGAAGCCCACGUGGCCUGCCGUUGCAGCGCUCAAUGCGCAUAAUCUCACAGACUUCAGUCCGAUGACAUUAUUCCAUUUUUGUUUCUGAUUACCUUGUUCAACUGUUCAUUUAAAGAUUGAAAAACCAUCUCUCUUGUAAAUUAUUUACAAUGCCAGUUACAAAAUGUCAAUAAAGCAAAAUGAAAAUCACUCAUA